UAGAUGCGACUCAUUUGAUCUCCACAGCCAUGAAUGCACGUUUAGUUUUUGUGUGUUCAAUUUUAUUAACCUGUCAAUAGUGUUUAAUAAACCGGUUAAGAAUUGCACGAAAAGACGUUAACAUUCUUUAUAUGACGGUUUUUAUUAUGGCGUUUUGUUUUUAAAGUAUUAGACUGUGAACUGUGAUAGGUAAUAGUUGGUUUUAUCUCAUACACAAUUAUUGGAGAUCAACAUUAUAGUUAUAAUGGCAAGUGUGCUUGUUGAUUUGGAUGUUGAGAGUCUUGGACCAGAGGUCCGUAAAGCAGACAAACCUGACUUUUCAGCAACAAGGAAAUUGUACUCUCAUGUCAAGAAAACGACGUUUGCAAAAUUUGUGGCUUCCAAGAAAGUUCCUCCAACCUGUGAAAACCCCUCACUUUGGCACUGCUGUGGACAGUCAUUCAAAGAGUCAUCAUCAAUCCACAAACAUGUUGCCAACAACCAUGCCAGUGAGAUUCACCAGGUGACCACUGAGAUGCUGGACGUGAUGCUUCACCUAGAUCAAAGCGAAGAAGAGUCCAUAAAUGAAGAAUCAACAGAUAUAUCAUCCUGGAUCCCUGAUACAAGCCACGUCCCAGAGGAUGAGCUUAUUAAGGGUCCAGGUGAAGUUCUGCUGUAUUACUGCUACUGUCAGUUAAAUGAUCCUCAGAUGAUUUGUCAGUGGCAGAAAGACCUUUGUUUAAAACUUAAACUAACAGGAAAGGUACGAGUGGCUGCUGAAGGUAUCAAUGGUACAGUUGGUGGCACCAAAACAGCCACUAAUCUUUACAUCAAGGCAAUGUUGUCACAUCCGACCCUCAAAAUAAUGCAAGUGCAGGAUUUCAAGAAAAGUGAAGGAGGUGCAGAAUGCUUCUCUGAUCUGAAGGUUGGUGUUUACAAAGAAAUUGUCCCUAUGGGUGUAGACCCGGAUAUCAUUUCCUACAGAUUGGCUGGAAUACAUUUAGAACCAGAGGAGUUUCACAAAGAAGUAAAGGCGUUUGUGGAGAAUCAGUCGGACAAAGAUACAAUACUUCUGGACUGCAGAAACUUCUAUGAGAGCAAAAUUGGUCAGUUCAAUCAGUGCUUGGCCCCCGACAUCCGGAAAUUCAGCUACUUCCCAGACUACGUGGAUGAAAAUUUAGAUCUCUUCCGGGACAAAAAGGUCCUGAUGUACUGUACAGGAGGCAUCCGCUGUGAGCGAGGCUCGGCGUAUCUCAAAUCAAAAAAUGUAUGCAAAGAGGUGUACCAGCUGAAAGGAGGCAUUCACAAAUACUUAGAGCAGUUCCCCGACGGCUUCUACCGUGGUAAACUCUUUGUGUUUGAUGAACGUUAUGCGAUUGCAUUCAAUGAGGACGUCAUUUCAGAGUGUCGAUACUGUAGUUGUCCGUGGGAUCGAUAUCAGCUGUGCUCCACAGACUUCUGCUGCCAGCUGGUUCUGUCGUGCACCACCUGCAGAGAGCGCGGCCUGACGGCCUGCUGUCCUGUAUGCCAGGCCAAAGAGCAAAACCGCAACGACAUCCCCUCCAAUGGGCUUUCUCACCGAGAGGAAUGCGAAUGCACAAUGUCGCGACCCAGAAUCCCCAAAGAUACACUAUGACAAACUCAACGAGUUAAAAAUCAUCUUAGAUGGCCUGUAAUCUUGUGUGAUUUUAAGAUGUUUGCAAACUGCUUUUUUAAACUGUUAAAAACUGCACACAGUGCAAAUCUUCAAUAAAUUACAAAUCAUUCUCAUUCUUAAUUUUAUUUGACAUUCAAAAUCAUACAUGCGCGAAUGGGACGGCUAAUUUGUCCAACAAUAACCAACAACACUCAAUCUAGACACAGACAAAGGUGAUGUACAUAUACACACAUAAGAUUAAAUUGCAUAUUAUUUCCUUGAACAUGAAAUCAAAUUAAAAAAAACAAAACAACAAAAA